CCUCAAACUGCUUCCAAGAGAGAAUGGCCAUCACAAUCCCAACCAUCGAUCUCUCCCCUUACCUCACCACGUCCGACAGCAAUGACCCCCAAAAGGCCACCAUCAUCGCCGCGAUCCGCGAAGCCUGCACAACAACCGGCUUUUUCCGCAUCACCCACCACGGCAUCGCACCCCUCCUCCAGUCCGACCUUUUGGCAGCCGCAAAGCACUUCUUCGCGCUCCCGCUCGAGAUCAAACGCCGGUACAUCGACACAACCGCCCGGAAAGGGUACGAGGAGAUUGGCUCCCAGAUGCUGGAGCAGGGAACGCGGCCUGAUCUCAAAGAGUGCUACUUUGUCGGAGCGGAACCCGCCGAGCCAAAGGAACCGCCUUACCAACCAUUCGAGUAUCCCAACAUCUGGCCUGACGCAUCGGUCCUCCCGGAAGCGGUCUUCAAGGAACCCAUCUUAAAAUAUCAUGAGGCGACAUGCAAGCUUGCUCAAACUAUUAUGCAGAUUCUGGUGAAGGGGCUGGAGGAUGAUUUUCCUGGGCUGGAAUCGGAGAAAUUGCUGCAGGAUUUCUGUCAGGAGCCCUGCGCGAGCUUGAGGCUUUUGAGGUAUCCGGGGCCAUCUCCUUCUUGGGAGGACUCGAUAGAGAAGGGCAAGGAUGGGACUAUGUGUGCGCAGAGAGGCGAGGUUGUGGCAGGCGCGCAUACGGAUUUCGGGGGUAUCACGCUUUUGCUGCAGGAUGGGAAUGAGGGCUUGCAGGUUUUAUAUCGCCAGGAGGGAAACGGGAUCCAAGGAAUAGAGGGGGAGCAGGAAGAAGAAGUGUGGGUCGAUGUUCCAUCCACGCCCGACGCUUAUGUUGUGAACAUUGGAGACAUGUUUGAGAGAUGGACCGGGGGCCGGUAUCGGAGUACGGUUCAUCGGGUGGUGAAUGUUUGUGGGCAAGAGAGGUAUUCGGUACCGUUUUUCUAUGAUGGAAACUUGGACUUUAUGGUUCGGCCCCUAGACAAGGCUGAUCCGUCGGAGGACGGUCAUGAGUGGACUGUCAGAGAGUACUUGAUGAAGAAGUUUGAGGAGAUCUAUAUUUGAUGCAAGCAGAUACGCGAUAGUGACCAUUGAUGACUGGGUCCAAAGAAAAGCAGACAACGGAGGACACACGUGCGAUGAUGUUCGCCUCGAAACAAUUUA